UACAUACGUCCAACUUGAACAACAAUAUAUAUCAUUGUAAAAAGUGUUGCGUUUUGUUGAAUAAGGAAAACCGUUCGUGUUAAGAUCGAUUUACAAAAAUGUCGCACAGUGCAAGCGCUGAAAAUCUGACUACAGACGGCCAAAAUGGAGGAGGUGAUAGCAAUAUGUGUCUGGAGUUGGCGCUCGAAGGAGAGCGCCUCUGCAAAGCAGGUGAUUGCCGUGCCGGAGUUGCAUUUUUUCAAGCUGCUAUCCAGGCAGGAACAGAUGACUUAAGAACACUAAGCGCGAUAUACAGUCAGCUGGGAAACGCUUAUUUUUAUCUCGGUGAUUAUGUAAAAGCCAUGCAAUACCACAACCAUGAUUUAACCCUUGCCAGAACAAUGGGGGAUAAAUUGGGUGAAGCUAAAUCAAGUGGGAAUUUAGGAAAUACUCUUAAAGUUAUGGGGAAAUUUGACGAAGCAACGAUCUGCUGUAAACGACAUUUAGAAAUCUCCAGAGAACUUGGCGACAAACUAAGCGAAGGUCGAGCUCUCUAUAACUUAGGAAACGUUUACCAUGCCAAAGGUAAACAAAUUGGCAGAGUAGGACAGCAAGAUCCAGGGGAAUUUCCUGAAGAUGUGCGACAAUGUCUGCAAGAAGCUGUUCAUUAUUACGAAGAAAAUUUAAAACUGAUGAGAGAACUUGCCGACACAGCUGCGCAAGGCAGAGCAUGUGGAAAUUUAGGCAACACAUUUUAUUUACUGGGGGAUUUUUUACAAGCAAUUCACUAUCAUAACGAAAGAUUAAAAAUUGCUAAAGAAUUUGGUGACAAACCUGCAGAGCGAAGAGCGAACAGUAAUUUAGGAAAUUCGCACAUAUUCCUUGGAGAAUUCGAAAAAGCUGCACAACAUUAUGAGCGCACAUUAGAACUUGCACAAGAAUUGAAAGAUCGAGCAGUAGAAGCGCAGGCAUGCUAUUCCCUUGGUAACACCUACACGCUGUUACGUGAUUACCGAACUGCUGUGGAAUAUCAUCUCCGUCAUCUCUUGAUAGCUCAACAAUUGUCAGAUCGAGUUGGUGAAGGUCGAGCUUGCUGGUCAUUAGGAAAUGCUUAUUCAGCGAUGGGUAAUCACGAAAAAGCUCUCCAUUUUGCCAGUCUACAUUUGAACAUUUCGAAGGAACUGAAUGAUGCCAUGGGCCAAGCCACAGCUCAAAUGAAUGUGACUGAUCUGAAGAAAAUUCUUGGCCUAGAAAAGGGCAAUGAAGAAACUGAAAGUGGCAAUGGCAUGAGAUUAAUUCCAACCACUAGAGCGUCAGCUAUAGCAGCUUCUUCACCGGGUAGAUAUAGAUUAAGAAGACAGAGCAUGGACAAUUUGGAUCUCAUUAAGUUAUUUACAAGGACCAUGGAAACGCUAACACCUGAUGGAAAGCAAAGAGACAUGGGUGAACCACUUCCAGCAAGGGCUGGUAUCGCACCUCAACCUUCGCAGGAAGAAGAAGAAGAAUCAUUUUUUGAACUUUUAUCUCGAUUCCAAUCUGGAAGAAUGGAUGAUCAGCGUUGUGUGUUAAAUUCAAAGCAAAAGCCAAGGCCCAGGCCACGAGUGGCCACGCCAGAAAGAGAGAAAGAUGGAGAAGAUCUGUUAGAGCUAAUAGCUGGAAUGCAAAGUAAGCGAAUGGAUGAGCAACGUGUGACGUUGCCAUGCUUGCCAGGAUUAAAUACCAACAGAAAUAGCCAGUCAGCGAACAGACCAUCCCCUCAAGCGCCACAGGAAGCCGAUGAUUCUUUCAUUGAAAUGCUUGUGCGCUGUCAAGGUUCUCGAUUAGAGGAUCAGCGCAGCCCGUUGCCUGCAGUAUCGACGUUACAUGAUGCAGAGGAGGAACAAAACCAAAGAAGAAAUGUUAAUGCUCAACCAGCUACUACCGUCCCGGAAGAAGAUCUAUUUGCGCUUAUUCAAAGGCUUCAAGCUGGUCGCAUGGAAGAUCAACGGGCUUCUGGACCAGCGAAAAGUCAUUGAAACAUCGUCGGUAAGUGUAAAAUUUCAGUUAAAUUAUUGCCAUUGUAUGUUGAUUAUAAGGAAUAAGUAUUUUACGAACAAUGAUUGAGCAUUUGAAAAAAAAAAUUCAAAUGAUGUUAUAAAAUAAUUAUCAUAAUUUACGUUGAAUACUAACCAAUUACCGAUAGAAUCGUGCCAAAAAAAAAAAUUUAAAAAUGAAAUCAUGAGCCUCCUAGAUGAGCUAACAGAUCUUUAAUUGAAAAGCAAAAUAUUACCCAGAGUAUCUCUGUUGUAAUGUAUUAAUUUGUAUAAACGUCGCGAUGAAUACCAUUAACUUUCAAUAUACCUAGGAAAAAAUACUAAGAAAUUAUUGAGUAUAAUACUCAAUUUGUUGAAAUCUUUAACUUUUUUUUUCCUCAUAUAUUUGCUGAUCUGACAAAGUAGUAGUUAAGAAAUUAUACAAUCAAUACCAAUAAUGGUGCUCAUGAAUAUGCACUGGUAUCUAAUACAGGAAUUAAUUGAACCGAAGGCCAUGAAACUAAUAGUUAACGUUAAUAUUAUUGUUAAGAAAAUUCAUGAUCUGCGUUUUUUGCAUUGUUUGUGAUGAAAAUACUUAUGAUGAUACCGUGCGCUAACAGAGAUUAUUAUCAUCAUCAUCAUCAUUAUUAUUAUUAUUAUUAUUAUUAUUAUUAUUAUUAUUAUUAUUUUGUACGUUUCUUUCAUCAAAAAUACUCUACUGUUGUAAUGAAAGAUUGAUUCUAAUAACUGGAAAGUAUACAAAACAAUCUGAUCGUCAUUUCAAUUUAUACAUUGGACAGUUUCAUAUAAAGCAUAAAUUCCGUCUUUUUAUUUCUAAGACAAACUAAAACGAGGGGGGAAAUAAAAUCGUUGUGGCUAGAAAAAAGGCUUGUAUACGUACCUAUACGUUGUAUACACCAUAGAUGUAAUAGAAACUCUUACAAAUUAAUUUGUAGAAUAUGUAUAAUUAAUAAUUCAAUUAAAAUAUGCUCUAAAGCGUAUGAUGACAUUUAUUCGUGACAAAAAUAUUCCACAUGUAAAAUUCGUAACAAUUAAUCUUAGCUCUAUACACUAAAAGCUAUAUUUUUAUCAAAUAUUUUAAUGUCAUCUGGAAUCUAUUUUUGAGCAAAAACAAUGGCAAAAUGUUAUAAUUCUAGUUAUAAUUGUUAAUGAUUAAAGAGUUAAAAUUCUACUUUCCUCUAAGUUCCCACGCAGAUCAUUUUUAACUUUGAAAAAAGUAAACAAUAAAGGUUGAAAGCAAAAACAUUCCAGAAUGCGUAUUAUUAAUAAGGAACUAAGAACUUGAAUAAAUAAAACUGUACUUUUUCAUCAA